GAGGCCGGGCGGCCGCCGGAAAGGGCAGGGCGGCGCGGCUCCGAGGGGCCCGGCAGCGGCGGUGGCGGCGGUGCCGUUGCCGUGGCGCCGGGUGUGUGUGAGGGGGGAGCGGAGAUGGCGGACGAGACGCUGUUCCUGCUGCUGCACAGCGAGAUGGUGGCGGGGCUGUACCGCGCCGCCGAGCAGGGCGAAGGGGAGAACGGGCGCUGCACCACCAAGCUGGAGAGCAUGGGCUUCCGCGUCGGGCAGGGGCUGAUCGAGAGGUUUACAAAAGAUACUGCCAGAUUCAAAGAUGAAUUAGAUAUUAUGAAGUUCAUUUGCAAAGAUUUUUGGACAACUGUAUUCAAAAAACAAAUAGAUAACCUCAGGACUAAUCAUCAGGGUAUUUAUGUCCUUCAAGAUAAUAAAUUUCGACUCCUGACACAAAUGUCUGCAGGAAAGCAGUAUUUAGAACAUGCACCAAAGUUUUUAGCAUUUACCUGUGGACUAAUCAGAGGCGGCCUAUCAAAUUUGGGAAUAAAGAGUAUUGUCACAGCUGAAGUUUCAUCAAUGCCUGCAUGUAAAUUCCAGGUGAUGAUACAGAAGAUGUAGAGCACAUUCAAGUUGGGGUAUCUACCUUAAAAAUCCUUUGUCUGUGGUUUUGGUAUCUCAGUUCAGCUUUGUACGUAGCUUGUAAAUUAUUGCAAUGUGCAGCCGAAUUCCCAAGUAUGUAAUAAAUGUUCAUCAAAAUAAUUUAACGCUAUCCUCGUAUCUUGGUAUGAAAUCAAUUCUAUACCAAGGUAUUAAUGUCUAUCAUGGUAAAAACUGUCUACUCAAAAGUUUCCAACAAAAGAUUUCUGUUACCAGCACAGACUGUAUGUAUGUUUUAAGAACUGACUAAAAACCCAAUCAAGACUCAAUUGGAGUAGGAAACCGUGUUUUUUGUCACCUAACAUGAAUGCCAAGGUGCUGCCUUUCUUUAUGCACUCUUAACUGUGAGGCAGCAACUUCUUUUGUAUUAUUUUGAGGAAGGAAUUAUCACAACAGCCUUCAUUAACAGUGUCCAGUGGAGGCUUAGUUCUUUUAUAGGACUGAUAUGGGGCAGUAGAAAAAAACACUUAUUUCUACAAAAAUAACAGCAUAUCCUCCCUAAAAAUAAUAGCCGUUUUUUGCAUCAGAAUUUUACAGACAAGGUCGUCUACUACUCAGCAAAGAAGGAAAUUUGUUUUAGCCUGUUGUGCAUAAAUUCAAUAUUAACAUAAUUGUUUUUAAUUGCUAGCUACAACUCACUUCUGUAAUGAGUGUGUACAGGAAGAUGAUUAGGCCUGCAAGAAGCUGUAAAGACAUCACCAAGACUCUUGAGGAUAUUGGGGUUUGCUAGAUACUACUUGUUACAAGAUUUGUAUAACAAUACAUAUCUUGCUGUAGGUAAGCAUGAAAACAUCCUGUUUAAACUUUUAAUGAAUUUUGCUGUAAGACUUUUCUGCUGGCAGGGUCAGGUCUUAUACUUUCAGAAAUGUGAGAAUGCCUUGUGAAUCAGUUUCUGCUUUGAGACCAGUAAUUAACAGGACAGUUAUAAAAUAAUAUAUUUGAACAACACUUUUGUCUGUUUUAACUACCUUCUGUGUUGGAAUAAGCGUAUGUUGUCCAGUUGCAUUGUUGGGCAGGAACAGUGGAAGCUGUUCUUCCUUAAUCUCUAAGGGAUGUCUGAAGUUUAUACUGAAUUGAGCCUUUUCCAGAUUGCUGUUACAAGCUGGCAAGCCGUAUAUUAUAAACACGGUAAUCAGGGACUUGUUAUAAUUGAACUUAUUAUAACAUGCUAGUUGAACUUAUGACCAACUUCUGAUCUUUUCAUGUAAUGUGAAUGCUAGUUCAGAUUAGCUAUAACUGAAAAAAAUGUUGGUUAGGAAACAUUUGAAGGAGAACUCAGUCUAGCAGAACGCUGUCCCACUGUUUAUAGACCUAGCAAAGGUCAGAGUAACCAGGGAGGUUGGAACUCCAUAGGGAUCAGCUGUGUGACUGCAAAUACUGGGCUCUUAUACAGGUAGUUUACAGGAAAGCUGUGGCUGUUGUCCACUUCUAUGAUUCAGAUUUGUUUGAAAUUAUAAGGCUAGAGAAAUUAGCUAAUUCUUGCUGAAUGCAUUUAAGGGGUUCUUCAGUUGACGACUCACCCUGCUUUUAACAUGCUAAAACUAUUCCUAAAGUGACUAAUUUGCACUGUGCUUAACAGAUGGACACUUCAAUGGCACACUUUAGGCCUAUGCAACAUGGUAGAUAUUCCUUAUCAGCACACAGAAUCAUUUUGUAAUUUGCUUCUCCAGAAUUAAAACUCCUGUAGUUGAUAUUAAUGCACUUUCAUUUUUCACUUGACAAUUGCGAUUACUGUGAACAGUGCCAAUAAUUCCAAGACGCAUUAAAGGUUUAUCAAUAAC